CAGAGUUGUCACAGCGAUUUUCUCAGCCUCUUCAGUUUCAGUGGAGUGUUCUUCCAGCACAAGCGGAUCAUGAAAGUGGUCAGCGCUGCCUGCUCGCUCAAGCGCCAGGGCUGCAGCCAGGAAGUGGUGCGCUGUCUGUCCGAGCAGAGCAUCGCCAUCGCUAAGUACAAAGUCGCCCCGCUGCUGGACGAGCAGAUGAGCAUGCUCCUGUACGACAUGAACGGCUGCUACACCAAGCUGAAGGAACUCGUGCCCACGCUGCCCCAGAACAAGAAGGUCAGCAAAGUCGAGAUCCUGCAGCAUGUCAUCGAUUAUAUCUGGGACUUGCAGCUCGAAUUGGACGACCAGCCGGGAAUGGGGUGUCAGGCAGCCGCUGGGACCACAGCACAGUCUCGGACCCCUCUCAGUGCAGAUGUUACAGGACUGUCAACAGAGGUUCCAUGUGUGAGUAGUGAUGACAGGAUUCUGUGUCGCUGAAUGGAUUCACUUUACUUGCAGGUAUUCCAGAUGCUAAAUAUAACAUAACAUGAUCCGGUGGUGCUGGAUUAACAGUACAUCCAUCCCGCAGUCCCUGGGAGAGGGGAAAAGAGGAGAGCUGGGAGAAAUUCCAAAAUUAAAAAUCAUGUUACUGGGACCAGUGUCUUGAUGAUCAUGGCACCAAGCGAGAGCAGCCCUUGCAGUGAUCGCCAGGCUCCAGGACUCUCGGCUCCUUUAUUUUAGUCUUCCAUCUGAACCCAGGUGGACGCGGGAACUAGGCGGAAGCACAGCAAAGUUUUUAGUAACUCUUCCUAGCGACGUGCCUAGCAACAGAUUUAACUGCGAUUAGCCGCGCCAACCUUCUUAAAUGUGUAAUGUGUGAGCUGACGCCACACCACAGGCCAUUAACGAGACAUGGAGUCUAGAAUUGAGAUUGUAUAUGGCAUCCUUUAGAGACCUAUGGGGUGAUUCAGUUGUAAAUCUUAUACUUUGUAAGUGUGUAUUGAAUUGUUUACAACAAUGUUGUACUAAAGAUUUUUUUAUUGCUUUUUGAUGAAUUAAAAUAAAAACUAGUCACAUUAAUUAAAA